GCUUGUUUUUCGCCACCGUGUGCAAGCUAUACAAAAGAAAGCUUAGACGGUGUAAAGGCUUGCCUCCAGUACUGUUUCUCUAACAAUGGCAUUGGCAAGGAUUGCUAGGGCCAAUUUGAGAAGAUCAGGAGGUGCUUUUGGUAGUUAUGCACAUGAGAAGGAUAUGUUCAAUGAGGGAGCAUACACAUGCAAAUGCUCCUUACCUUCCCGUGUGAAUUCCGAAGCAAGUGGAAAGUUUUCAUAUAUUCCAAGAAUUAAGGAACAGAACUAUAUGAACUUUUCAAUGAGGGGAAUAGCAGGAACUCCAUACUAUCAGCUUCCUUCAGUUAACACACAGAGGGUUAUAGAGGAGUCUGAGUCAGAGUUGGAGUAUGAUCAGCCAAGAUAUGCAGGACUAGAGGCAACAAAGCCAGGUGAAAAGCCCAGGGUGGUUGUUCUUGGUACGGGUUGGGCUGCUUGUAGGUUCCUUAAAGGGCUAGAUACCAAAAUUUAUGAUGUUGUGUGCAUAUCUCCGAGGAAUCAUAUGGUUUAUACUCCUUUGUUGGCUUCAACAUGCGUUGGAACCCUGGAAUUCAGGUCUGUUGCUGAGCCUGUUAGCAGAAUACAGGAUGCAAUAGCAAGGGACCCCAACUCCUACUUCUUUCUAGCUUCUUGCACUGGCAUUGACACAGGCAAACACGAAGUCUACUGUGAGGCAGCUAAAAAUGGUGGAUCGGCUGGAGAGCGUUACCAAUUUAAAGUUGCAUAUGACAAGCUUGUGAUUGCAGCUGGAUCUGAGCCUUUAACUUUUGGUAUCAAGGGAGUUAAGGAACAUGCUUUUUUUCUUCGUGAAGUGAACCAUGCUCAAGAAAUAAGGAAGAGACUUCUUCUGAACCUGAUGCUUUCUGAAAAUCCAGGCAUAUCAGAAGAAGAAAAGAAACGCCUUUUACACUGUGUAGUUAUUGGAGGUGGACCUACAGGAGUGGAAUUUAGUGGUGAAUUGAGUGAUUUCAUCAUGAAAGAUGUUCAUGAGCGCUAUACUCACAUUAAAGAUUACAUUCACGUCACACUCAUUGAGGCAAAUGAGAUACUGUCAUCCUUUGAUGUUAGCCUCCGGCAAUAUGCAAUAAAGCACUUAACAAAGUCUGGGGUUCAGCUUAUGCGGGGUGUUGUGAAGGAGGUGCAUCCCAAAAAGAUAGUUCUGAGUGAUGGAACUGAUGUACCUUAUGGCCUCUUGGUCUGGUCCACAGGGGUCGGUCCCUCUGAGUUUGUGAAAUCACUAAAUCUUCCCAAGUCUCUUGGUGGAAGAAUUGGUGUUGAUGAAUGGCUUCGUGUUCCCUCUGUGGAAGAUGUCUUUGCCCUUGGGGAUUGUGCUGGUUUUCUUGAACAAACUGGAAAGCCAGUGCUUCCAGCUCUAGCUCAGGUUGCUGAAAGGGAGGGUAAGUUUCUUGUGGAGUUGUUCAACAAAAUAGGGAAAGAGAAUGCAGGCAAGGCUUUCUCUGCAAAAGGCAUACCACUUGGAGAGCCUUUUGUGUACAAGCAUCUUGGGAGCAUGGCAUCAGUAGGUGGCUAUAAAGCACUGGUUGAUCUAAGACAAUCAAAGGAUGGAAAGGGGUUGUCACUUGCUGGUUUUGUUAGCUGGCUGGUAUGGCGUUCUGCAUAUCUGACAAGUGUAAUAAGCUGGAGAAACAGGUUUUACGUGGCUGUGAACUGGGCAACCACUUUAGUCUUCGGCAGAGACAACACCAGAAUAGGUUGA